UGAGAUCCACCCCGGAUAAGCGAAUCUCUGGGAGACGCCGCUGUGUUGAGAAGGGGCGCUCUCAAGGGUGGCGCUCCCGACAUUCUCAGCGUAGACUUACUGCGCUAUAGUAACCCCUCUGACUGGUGCGCUCACAGCCAGGAUGGUUCCAGACAGUGCUGGGGUGCGUUGGAGUAGUAUCUCUUUUCUGCGUGUACUUUAGGCGUGUGGAGCAGGGAGAUGAAUGCGUCCCAGUGUCUGGGGGCAACAGUGGGCGACCGGUUAUCAGAGAUGCCUGCCCCUGGAGACAGUCUCUGACAGGAUGUUUACCAUCCACCCUCCCAAUGGUUCCCAGGCACCUCCUGCCACCAUCCCUCUGGUGAACAGCUCCUCAUAUUCCACAGAGCUGAUGAAGACCAUGCCUCCAGUCAGUGCUUCUUCACCAGCUGCCCCCAUUUUCUCUCUGACUCUGGGUGCUGUCUCCAAUGUCGUGGCACUAGCUAUCCUGGUACAGUCCUAUGCCCGCUUCCGGCGCCGGUCCAAAGCCACCUUCCUGCUUUUUGCCAGCAGCCUGGUUAUCACUGACCUGGCAGGCCAUGUAAUCCCAGGCUCCUUUGUGCUGCGUCUCUAUGCCACAGGACGUAAGUGGGAAGCCAUGGACCCUUCCAGAGCCCUCUGCCAGUUCUUCGGAGCCUCAAUGGUAUUCUUCGGACUAUGUCCGCUCUUUCUGGGCUGCAUAAUGGCGGUGGAGCGCUGUGUGGGCAUUACCCGUCCUUUGUUGCAUGCUUCCUUGGUCACGCCAGGCCGAACUAAGCUUUCCUUGCUAGGACUGUGGGCCACCGCCCUCGCCAUUGCUCUGAUGCCUCUCUGCCACUUUGGGAGCUAUGUUGUCCAGGCCCAAGGCACCUGGUGCUUCAUCAAGGUGCGAGGGGCAGAAGCGUGGCCUGAUGUGGCCUUUGCUCUGCUCUUUUCCUUGCUAGGCUUGGCCUCCCUGGUGGCCUCUCUCUUUUGCAACACAUUCAGUGGACUCAACCUGGUGCGGGCCCGACUCCGGGGUCAGCGCAAAUGUGGGCACCGGCGGGCCAAAGCCCAUGACAUUGAGAUGGUUGUGCAGCUGGUGGGCAUCAUGGUGGUUUCCUGCAUCUGCUGGAGCCCCUUGCUGGUCUUUGUCAUACUGUCGGUGAGCAGCUCCCACGGAGCCCUUAAUUAUGAGCAGCUGCUCUUCCUUGGGGUGCGCUUGGCCUCCUGGAACCAGAUCCUGGAUCCCUGGGUAUAUAUCCUGCUUCGGCGUGCUGUCCUGCGCAAGCUCCUCGCCAUAGUUCUUCGGCGCCCAGAUUUCAAAGGGGUCCGCUUUGACCGUUGGGAGGCCAGCUCCUUCCAAAGCUCUGAGCGCAGCAUUGCUGCUGGAGGGCUGGCAGGGGCAAGCAGGAGAACCUCUACUAUGAAGGCCCCCUGAGGAGCACUUUGCACAUUCUCCAUUGUCUGCACAAAUAUCUCCUUGGGGUUAAGUAAGUCAGCAUCCAGGCCCCUUGGCUGGCAGCACUGCAGGUAACACAGGAGUCACUAUGGCAUUCUCAGUUUAACCCUGGAAAACAAUGGGAUUAAAGAUGAUGGAGCAGAGCAUCCUACUAGGCCUGCUCCCGGCCUAGUUGGGACCUCCCUAUGGAUCAGAGACAUUGGAUCUCUUCUGGAGACUUUUUAUAGAAUGAUGAUCUUUGGGGCGGGGGGAAGCAGCGUGGCAGCGCUUACGAAAUGUCCUGGGUUCAAUUUGACACCUGCAGUUCAGUAGGGGCAGAAAAGAAUUCUGCCUCAGAUCCUGGAGCACUUCCAAUACGCUGGAGGAGGCAAUACUGGUUAGAGGAAUGAAUGGUCUGACUCAGUGUAAACCAGCUUCAUAAGUUCUGGUAAUGUUGAUGACAGAAAAGCAAUGAUUAAGUGCAUGCUAAAUGCAUCCAACACUUUCCUGGUACAAGCUGUCCAGGGCAGAUGGAAAGCAUGAGUUAUUAGUGCUCUAGUCCAAAGUGGUGAGAUGUCAGUGCCAUCCAUGACCCUCUUGCAUGGUUCAACUACAGCCUCUCAUGAGCAUGAGGCAUACUUGUGGAUUUAUUUACUAUGCAAGGAGGCAAUGUCUGUGGUGAUAAACAGAAAAGGAGACCCUUGGCAUUCUUCCUUAGGGGAUUUGGUUUAGGCAUUUCACCAUCCACUGUAUAUGAUGUACAGCAUUCUAUUUAAUCUGCUGUCCUGCAGUGACCUGGUCACUCUGGGCCCAUGAUGUUCUUUCCACAUCCCUUUCUAGAGGCUGCUGAAGUUCAGUGCUGUGCAAAAGAACACGUACAUAAAUUGGUGCCCUUCCUCAGAGGCAGCAGCAUGUCCGUCCAUGGGUGGGGUGGGGUGGGGUGGAGCCCUGCAUAACCUCCUUUCCUAAAACAGGAGAGCAGAGCUAGGACCCAUGGCCGAUACCUCCGAGCAGCAUUUAGAUUAGCUGCAAACGUGGUAAUUCCAGGAAACCCCUGAAUGAGAAUGGGGCAUGCUGGACGGGGGGAAAGAGGGCUGGAAAUGCGAUCUAUAAAAGCACUAGCUUAAGGCUUCCCAAACUCAAUGGGAAGAGAGAAAGCUCUUUCCAGAAUGAAGCACUUAUAAGUAAACUCACAUGGCAUCAUUUCCAUAGACAGGAAAGAGACUGCUAAGCAUCAGGUACAUUUGCAACAGGAAACCUGCCUGGACCACCAUGGACUCCAAAGAGGUGGGAGGCUAUUAAAGGCCCUACAAUGUACUGUACUGUAGAGGUGGGUGAAACACUAAGGCUGCAAUCCAAUACAUGCUUACCUGGGAGUAAGUCCCAUUGACCGCCACAGAGCUUACUUCUGAGUAGACAUGAAUUGGAUUGCAGCCUUAGUGCAGAACCCUCCAGAUGCUGUUAUACUGGGGGCAGUAGGAAAAGCUUGGCCUGCAAAGUCUGCAGCUCUGGGCUGCUGCAUGUCGAUAAGCCAGCUUGUGAGAACUGUUAAUUGGUGCUGGUCAUUCUGCAAUAAAGUAUUUUGGUGGAA